AUGGCUGAGAAUGGGUGCUUAUCAUAUCUAGCCUUUGUGAGGGAUGUCACUGCUGAUACUACUACCAUUGAGUCAGUUCCAGUAGUGAGAUAUUUUCCACAUAUGUUUCUAGCAGACCUACCAGGCAUGCCACCAGACAGGGAUAUCGAUUAUGUGGAAUUUUUCGGCAAUGUGGUAUCUAGUAAGGGGAAUAAGGUGGAUCCAAAGAAGGUGGGGGCAGUUCAGAGCUGGCCCGGACCAUCUUUUGCUACUGAGAUCCAGAGUUUUCUAGGCUUGGUCGGGUAUUAUCGCCAUUUUGUGGAUGGGUUUUCACCAUCGCAGCUCCUUUGA